AUGAGAGUCUUGAUCUAAUAAGCUUUACUGAUUAGCACUGUAGGAUUUAUAUCUGCAAGAUAAUUAUCAUUGAAUGCUGAGGGCACCUUCAAAAUUGUGCAAUUCAGCAACAUGUUCAUUGAUAACUAUGGAACUAACUAUGCAUUCACGAUGCAUAAUGUUCAAAAUGUUGUUGAUGAUGAAAAUCCUGACUUAGUCGUCUUGACUGGAAACACAGUCGCCCCAUUAAUGGAGGACUCUUUCACAGAUAAAUUCACAGAGGCAAUUUAAUACUUUAAGGAUUUAUAAAUUCCUUGGAUAUCAACUGGCGGGGAAGACGCCCCUGAAUCAAUAAAGAGAGACUAAAUGUUUAGUAUUGAGCAUUCAAUAGGCUUAGCUUCAGAUUUACAUGGAGACACCCUGAGUUUGAGUGGCCUCAACAAUCCUUAGUCUUCGACACUUGGAUAGUACACAGCUAGAGUUCCAGUUAUGACCUCGGACAGAACUUAAGUAGCUUUUAACAUUUGGAUUCUUGAUUCUUAAGGUGGGUAUGACUGUGACGGCAACAAACAGGGCAAGUCUUGCAUUAACAAUAGUACUGUGCAAUGGUUCUUAAAUGAAUCUGCUCAAUAAAACAAAACAAAAUUCUAACAAAGUGAUCUUGCUUUCACUACCUACCCUUUGUAAGAAUACAUGACUGCUGUAAACUCAAUGCCAGUUUAUGGGCAUUUCGGUUAAGAUGUUUGCUGUCAAGCAAUAAAUACUGGAACAUUUGAUGCAAUAAAAAGUUCAAAUAAAAUUGCAAUGAUAAGUGCAGGAGCUGAUGCUGAAAAUGAUUUUAUGGUCAAUUACCAUGGUGUUAAACUAGCUUAUGGCAGAAAAUCUGGAUACGGUGGAACUAGAGACCUAGAUAUGGGAGCUAGAGUAAUUAAAAUUGCUUCCAAUGGCUAAAUUUCAACAUACAUUAGAGAAUAUGAUGGUGAUAUCUACGAGCAGUCAAGUCAACAAGUGCCAGCUCAUAACGCUACAACAGCUUAAACUGCUUGCUGUGCAAAAUAUGACAUUCAGGAUACCACUUCUGACCCAGGUUUAACUAAUCAGGGUGAGAUCAAGUGGACUGAGAUGAAUGGUAACACUCUUAUUUAAUGA